UGUGGCUUGACACCUUCUCUCCUCCUCCAGGCAACAGAAGCUGCCAGCUGUCGCCAACGCGCUUCACUUGAUCUCAACUACCUGCAGGGGCAUUUAAUCCAAAGAUUAAACCUCAACCAAAGGCCCAUAUUUAUCCCUACCCACCCGUUGCGCAAUCCCCUAAAGGUUCUCUUAUCACCGAGUCGUUGCCCGCUCCGCAGCUCACCGACCGGACAGCUCAGCGAUCGCCCCUUCGCGCAGCCAUGCUUCCGGCGCAUUGAAACAUAACUUUUUUUGGACAAACCAUCGCCUCACGCGACCAUACUCCCCACGCAGCAUAUGAUCUCGGGUUUCACUCCCUGCAUGCCACCUGUUCGCUGCCGCCUGUCGCAACCAUGUUGUUCUUCGGCAGCGGAGUCUCGAGCCCGCGCCGCCGCAGCCAGGAAAAGGCUAUACUGUGCACCAUCCUGAUCGUUUACGCCCUUUACUUCCUCUUCUUCUCGAGAAGCUCCGAACACGCACACGUCGACACGUCCGCCCACGAAGCGGUGUCGAAAGGCGGACCGUUCCGCGACUCGCGCUCCGGGCAGGCUGCGCCGUCCGCAUCGGCCGCGCGAACCUCCAAGACACUUGACCGGGAGAUGGUCGUGGCCAGCAUGCAGACCGAUGAUGUCUCUUGGCUGUACCGGUAUUUUCCGGAUUGGCACAAGAGUGUCUACGUGGUGGACGACCCAACGGCGCAGUUGACGGUCCAGCAGAACAAGGGCCGGGAGUCGAUGGUCUAUUUGACGUAUAUCAUCGACAACUACGACCACCUGCCCGAAUCGAUCCUCUUUAUUCACCCCCAACGGUACCAAUGGCACAACGACGAUCCGUACUACGACGGGGUGCCCGUCCUCCGCAACUUCCAGCUCCCGUAUCUGCAGAAACAAGGCUACGUCAACCUGCGCUGCGCCUGGAUCCUCGGCUGUCCCGCGGAGAUUCACCCGUACACUGAUUCGCACCGGAGUGACGUCCAUGUUGGCGAGUACUUUAAGAACGGAUUCAAGGAGCUCUUCCCCGGCGAGGAGGUUCCGGAGGAAGUGGGAGUCUCGUGCUGUGCGCAGUUUGCCGUCACGAACUGGAAGAUCCGAGAACGGCCGAAGAAGGAUUAUGAACGAUUCAGGAAGUGGUUGACGGAGACAACGCUCCCUGAUGAUCUCAGCGGACGAAUUAUGGAGUACUCAUGGCACAUGAUCUUUGGAAAAGGGCCCGUCCACUGCCCGACGGCGGAGGAAUGCUACUGCAAGGUCUUUGGGCUUUGCGAUUUGGACUGCCCCACCGAGGGGGAAUGCGCUGGCCGCUAUGUCCUCCCACCGUAUUCUUCAUUGCCUGAAGGAUGGCCGUAUAUUGGAUGGAAGGGUCAGAAACAGGACCCCACGAAGGGACUCCCUGAGGUAUAGCGCACGACAUGGUGUGUGUGAAUAUGAUGCCGACAACGCCUCAGUUGAUUCAUCUUGUAGUGGAAUUAGGUUCGUGUGCAUUGCGCUACACCGCAGACCGGGCUUGUGGUUCCAAGCGAUCUAUGCAAGCUCGAAUAGGGAGAGCAAUGACACUGGGCGGCCGUGCAUAAUCGCCCCCGUCUUGUCCACGGAUGGACCUAGGAUGAUGCCCCAAAUGAUAAUCUUCGUCUACAUAGAUACAUUGGGGACCUUGCAACUUGCUCGACUCGUGCUGCGGCGCGACAGUAGACAGCGGUGUCGCGUGGCCUGAUUCAGUGCGGUUGUGAUGAUGUAUUCUCAAAUGCUCUACUAUGAGUGAAAAGUACCCCGCUUAACUUGGAUGUAAUGUAAUA